CAGCCUCUAAUCUUGUCUAUAAAUACCUCUACAUCAUUCAUUUCUUUCUCCACACCCAAAUUAUCCAAAUUAAGCAUCUUUCAUCGUAUUAUUUUCCCCCUCAAACUCUCAAGAAAAACAUGAAAUUUCUGAAGAUUUUCCUGAUGUUUGCCUUGCUCAUGGCCUCGGCCAUCACUCUCUCCGCCACACCAUCUAAAGAUGAAUCAUUUGUUGACAGUGAUGGUGAUGAUGAUGAUAACGAUGAUCAUAGCCAAGUCGAACCAACUUCUUUCCGAGGAAUUACCAGCCGGUUUCUCGCACAAAAACCUCGGACCGUGAUGACGUGUAACAAAAACCCUAGAGUGUGUCGUGUGGCGGGCAGUCCGGGGCCUGAUUGCUGCAAGAAAAAAUGUGUGAAUGUGAAGACAGACAGACUCAACUGCGGAAAGUGUGGUAAGAAGUGUAAGUACUCAGAGAUUUGCUGCAAAGGGCAGUGUGUGAACCCAAUGUCUCACAAAAAACAUUGCGGGGGUUGCAACAAUAACUGCAGCAAAGGAAGUAAAUGCUUGUAUGGAAUGUGCAGCUAUGCAUAGAAACAAUUCAUCGUCACACCUCUUCUAGAUAUUGAUCAAAUGAUCAGAUAGCAUUUAGUACAUGU